AUGGCUGCGGGUUCUAGCAAUGCCCCACAGCGAUACAGCUCUUCUCCGGAAUUAUCAGAUCCGCCUUCUAUGCUGUCAGCCCCUGCAUCACCCAGUGCAUAUAACAGGUCAAAGAAUGGUGGGGAACUCGAUGAAAUUGUAGUAGACCCUACGACUAUUCGAUAUGAUGGAACUGGCCAGCCCAUGCUUACCAAAGACGGUUUGCCUAGAAGGAAACCUGGCCCUAAGCCCGGAACAAGAAUUAACAAGCGAAGUAGUGCCAGUGCCAACCCGGAGGAAGGAGAGAAGGUCAAGCGGGUUCGAAAACAAAAGGAUCCCAAUGCGCCCACUACUUCAAGGAGGCGAAAGAUAACUUCCCUCGAUGGCGAGGCCGGUGAACCACCAUCACGUGCUACAAGCGUCGCUGGUGGUGCUGGCUCUAGUGUUCUUACAUCAUCACGGCAGGCCAAAGUCACCGAGUCGAGCACAGUUAACAAUCGUCAACAACCGAUUCCUCCCCGGGAAGUGAAACGUGAGGGCAUGCCAGGAUCAAUGUCCAGCAUUUUGAACGCGGAACCUGAGCCCCCACAAACAUACCUUCGUCAACAAUCUCAGCAAUCUCAACAACCAACACGCCCUACUGCUCCUUCUCGGACGAGUGGUACCAACUAUGACCCCAUUCGCUCAUCUAAUUACGACCCUAUCAGAGAAACGAUGGUUACACAUAGCUAUUCUAACCCCAUGGGCUCUCCUCGUGCUCCUUCCACCUCAAACAUCAUUAAUCGAGCAAGUGCCUCCCCCUCCAUUGCCAGUCUUGUUGAUCCACCUGUACCCAAUAUUAUUUCUCCUGUUCCAUCACAUACCUCUUUUGCUCAAAGCCUUCAACAACAAUCACAAUCUCAUUCCCAACCUCCACCACGUAUUCAGAAAGAGGCCAAAUCAAUGUCAGAAUCACCUAAUCCCUUCCGGAAGGAGUUCGUAGCUCCUCCGGUUCCCAAGCCACACACGACCGAGGCUAAAGAAAGCAAGAAUACCAAGGAGGCUAAGGAACACAAGGAGCCCAAGGAACCCAAGGAACCCAAGGAGAGCAAAAAGCUAGCACCACCUCUGGCACCUACCGCUGCUUCCAAGAUUGAGAUCCGACCAACAUCAAUUACUACGAUUGGUGCAGCUGUUACAAAGAAGUCCGCGCCGAAAAAUCACAGUACAGCCUCAUCAUCCCCUCAUGUUAAUGCUUCGAAAGAAGCACUUGCGCCUCUUCCUGGUGGGUCCGACCGCUCUAUCCUGGAUUUUGGGAAAGCCGAACCUGGUUCUGAAUUCAUCGCGCCGUCUAUUGUUCUCAACAUUCCAUUGAAUGGAGAGACAAACAAGUAUAUCAACUUCAUGCGAAUGGCCGAGGAUCAAUAUGGUUGGGAUGCGCUCCACCCACGACAGGCUGAGCAUAAGGCUCGUAAAGCUCGUAUCGCUGCUGCGUCUGCGGCGUUGGCCCAAAACGACUCUAGUCGGGAAGGUGACGAAAUGUCUGUUGAUGAGUCGGACAACGAGGACUCCAAUGUUGAGAUGGGCGGUAUGAGUGGACCAGAUAAAGCCACCGAUGGCAAACCGGCAAAGAAGAAGAGACAUUUCAAGGAGGAUGAAUAUGACAAGGACGACGACUUUGUGGAUGACUCUGAAUUGUUAUGGGAGGAGCAGGCUGCUGCCAGCAGGGAUGGCUUCUUCGUUUACUCUGGCCCGUUGAUACCAGAGGUCGAGAAGCCAGAACCUGGACGUAGUGACGGUCAGCCCAAGAGAGGACGAGGCUCGCGCGGUGGUCGUGGCGGUGCCCGCGGAGCUACUGCCGCUGCAGGAAGAGGCCGUGGAGGCGGACCCGGAUCUCGUGGUGGCGCCGUAAGAAAACCUCGGAUGACUAAAGCCGACAAGGCUCAGAUGGAUCGCGAGAAGGCCGAGCGUGAAUCUGCAUUCUUAAAAUCAACAAAUGGAGGGUCAUACAACGUUCUUCAUCCAGGCAGUCCACAGUUUGCUGGUUUGUAG